AGAAGCACAAGUCAAGGAAAUUAAGGGAUGCUCUAAAGUGGAGAUACAUUACUCCCUUUCUCCUUCGUUACUCUUUGUGGGAGAAGCGUACAGUGGGUAGUUAAGAGCAUGAAAUGCUGUGGAUUUAGACAGCUUAAUGUCAGAGUCUCCUGGGCACCAAUGUGGAAUAAAUUUAAUGAGUGGGGGAGAGAAUGGGUUAAUUGUAAGAGAAAAAGAAGGGCUUACUUCAAUAAAUAAUUGGUACUAGUAACAGGAGAGAGCAUAGAAGAUGUUGAGAAAAAUACAUCUCUGCUUUGACUUUUUGGGCGAGAAACCAUGGGUAGUAGCUGGCACUAACCUAAAAAUUCCUACAAUACUUCCAAGAAUAGAAGAAUUAUCACAGCCACUUAGGCUUCCAGUGCCAUUGUAACAUUUUUAUUGCUCUUCAUAACGUUGUUAACAUAUAUUUAGCUCUUAACACAGGUUAGCAUGAAUCAAUGAGGUACAUACCUUGAAUAUAAACAAGUCGAUAAUCAAGAUAAAUAAUAUUUCAUUGAAAUAUUUUUUUCAAUAAUGCAAAAGUGCACAAUAAAUGGAAUAUCAAAAUUUUAAAUAAAGACAGGAUUUGAACCUCCACUUGAACACUUCAUUCUGGUCCUCUUUCAACUUGUCAAGAGGAUGAGCUACUCCAGGACAAGAAAUGCAUCUUCUGUAAGCUCACUUUUACAUCCUAUCCAUAAGGUGAUGGUAGUUCUUGACUUGUAACUUGAGCUAUUACAACUAUUACUAUCUCCCCUUUUCACUCUCAGAAAUAGACUGAUCAGAAUGGUAAAUUAUAUAGUAAGCCUACCAGUGUAAGGUUUAGCAUUAAUGACUUUGCGUAUAUGUUAUAGGAUAGCUGAUCGAUUAACUAAAUUUGUUUCUGCAAUACUCACUCUGAUUCACACAUGCUUAAUCAAUUUUUCUGAUGCUAAUUUGCAACUUUUUUCCCAGUUAUACCCUCUGAGAAUUUACCAUGGAAAAUAUCAAUAAAGUCACAGAAUUUAUUCUCUUGGGACUUUCCCAGAAAAAGACAAUUAAAACUUCCUGCUUUCUAUUAUUCUUACUUUGUUACAUAGCUAUUUGGAUGCGAAACUUGCUCAUAAUCAUUUUCAUCACGUACAGUCACCUAAUAGGCCAACCCAUGUAUUUCUUUCUUAAAUACCUUGCUCUCGCAGACCUGUGUUAUACCUCAACAGUGACACCCAAGCUUCUCACUGAUUUACUGGAAGAAACAAACACGAUUUCUUACGCUAGCUGCAUGGCACAGCUUUUUGCUAUGCACUUCUGUGGGGGGAUAGGAAUUUUCAUCCUCACAGUGAUGGCCUAUGACCGCUACGUGGCCAUCUGCAAGCCCCUGCACUACACGGUCAUCAUGAGCAGGAGGAAGUGUUAUGUAUUGGUCUUUGCUUGCUGUACUGGGGCAUUUCUGCAUUCCUUUGUGCAGUGUCUCCUCACUAUCAACUUGCCUUUCUGUGGCCCCAAUGAGAUAGAUCACUACUUCUGUGAUGCGUAUUCUUUGCUAAAACUGGCCUGCACAGACACGUACAUCUUCGGGAUCCUGGUUGUUGCCAAUUCAGGCAUGAUGGGUUUGGUGAAUUUUGUUGUCUUGAUGCUGUCUUACUUCUUGAUAUUAUACACUGUCAGGGUUCACCCUGCCAAAAGCCGCAAGAAAGCUCUUUCUACUUGCAGUUCCCACAUAACAGUUGUGGUUCUUUUCUUUGCGCCUAUCCUGUACAUUUACAUUAUACCAGCUAUAACUUUUCCAGAAGAUAAAGUGUUUGCUCUUUUCUACACCAUCAUUGGCCCCAUGUUCAACCCUCUGAUCUACACUUUGAGAAGCAUGGAGAUGAAGACUGCGAUGAGGAAAGUUGGUGCCAGAAUCCAUUGUUGGUUGGAAGGCAAAUGAUCUGAAAGGCACAUCUACUCCUCAUUCCACACCCUAUCCAAGAGAGUUUGCUCCAUCUUAAGUUUAUUAAAGCAAGAACUGACCGUAAGAAACAUAAGCAUAGGCACUGAUACCAGUUCAUUAAUAUUAUAAUUUACUUUAAAAGACCUUGAUCUUUCUUUAUUGAUCUGUAUUUCUUAUUUACACUAUUCCCUGGUACUUUGAGUUAUUAUUUCCUUGUUCAACUGUUGUACUUUUAUUUGGUACUUUUUUCUUUAGGUUUUGUCCAUAAUCAGAGCCCACAUUUCUAUCUCCUGAGUGCUUUGGUUCCACGAAGAAUCUCCAAAUUUACAUAAGCUCCAUUGGUAUCUAUCAUCCCACAUUUGAAGGGCUGUAUGGACUGUUGGCAUAGUGGUUAAGUACUUGUCUGCUAUCCAAACUAUCAGUGGUUCAAACCCACCAGGCACUCCAUGGGGAAAAAAAAGUGGCCGUCCACUUCUGUAAAGAUCACAGCGUUGGAAACUCUAUGUGGCAGUUCUACUUUGUUCUGUAGGGUCACAAUGAGUCAGAAUCGACUCAAGGGCACAGGGUUUGGUUGCGGAUAUAUGGCCUGUUAUUUUUUCUGCAUUUCACAUCAAAGGAGGAGCAUCAGAAAUUAAGAACCGUUUUUUCCACUCAGCCCAUGCUUUUCUAAUAUUCACUGAAAAUGCUAAAUAAGAAGAAAAAAACUUUAUGUAGGGUCUAAACAAUAAAAUAUCAUUUAUGUAAGA